UACGAGUAAAUACGAACGUUUCCGGGAAAACACGAAGGGAAAGUAUUAUUCAUUUUAUCUGUAAUUUGCAUCCGCCAAAUUAGACUGAAUAUUACUUAUUGGUGGCCAGUUUGAGUCUUUAUCGUACACUCAAUAUUGAGCCGUAUUCUAAAGUGGUUAAAGUGUAAGUUUAAUAACACAUUGACUCACAGUUUCCAUUUAAGCAAGCGAGGGUACUUGAAUACUUGACGUUUGCAGUUUUUAUAAAAUGUGCUUGAAAAUUAUCAAAAUUUAGCCAGGAUUUUAGUAAACGGUGCUAAAUUUCCCUUGGAAUUUGUAAAUUUGCCAGGACUUUGCUUUAUCUGUGUGUUUCUGAGAUUUUGUGCGAUAGUGUUGAAUUAUGGAGUUCUAAAUGUGAUAAACCUGACAAUUAUGUUGUUAAUGUGUUAAAGAUAUAAACAAUUUAGUGUGUAUUUUGUUUAAAUUCUCCAGGAUUUGGUCGGAACAGUUGCCCGAACCCCGCGCCGCCGUCGACACCAAAUGGUGGUUGGCGGCGGCGGCAAUGGCAGCGCUCACCGUGGCCACGAUCGCCGGUAACGCCGGCGUGGUGUCGGCGCUUUGGCGAGCGCGCCGAUCGCCGCAGCACUACCCGUUGGCUAGUCUCGCCGCGGCGGACUUGUUGGUCGGCGUGAGCGUGCUGCCUCUGGCGGCUGCUAGGGAGCUGUUUACUUUCAGACUAAGCUUCAUCACCUGCGCCUGCUGGAGCACACUCGACGUCCUCUGCUGUACAGCCUCCAUCCUUUCCCUCUGCGCGCUCGGCUGGGAGCGCUACCGCGGUAUCACGGACCCACUGUCGCGCGCCGACCGCGCCAAAAAGGCUAAACUACUCGCCGUGCUUGUUUGGCCGGCGGCGGCGGCGGUGGCACUGCCGACGGCGUUCGUGAAAACUGAUAGUGUGUCGACAAAUGAACGGGAUAAGGCGUGCACGGUUAAUACAAAUCCUAGCUACGUGUUCUUUAGCGUGACCUUCUCAUUCUACAUACCGACGUGCAUCAUGCUAGUGCAGUAUGGUCUGGUCAUUCGCGCCUUGGCGUUACGCCCGCCGAUCCGCGCUCACAGGGGCCAGGGUCCAAUUGUGGAGAUGGAUGAGAUGAAGUGCCCGGAAUCCUCGCAGCAAACGGACGAAGCAGGAGCGGCAGAGCGACAGAGACGGGCUACUAUCACUAUCAUUCGUCUCAUGUGCCUGUUCCUAAUAUGCUGGACUCCGUUUUUCAUCAUGUUACCAAUAGAUUCCCUCUGCGACUGCGUACACGGCUCCACGUGGCAAUGGAGUACUUGGCUAGGAUAUACCAAUUCUGCCCUCAACCCGGUCGUGUACGCCGCAGCCGCCGACAGGGUUCGUCGGGCGUUCCAGGCACUGCUCAAGAGGUCAAGAUGACGAACCUUAGUUAACACGGAAAAGGAAGAAAUCUCAUUAUAAACCAGGAUUUACGCGCUGCAAAGAGAAUUAAUGUUUAAAUACCGGUACCUGAAAAUGUAACUGAAGUUUAUUAAGAUAUUAUUAUAAUUUGUUAUGAAUAAAAACUUAUUAACGGAAAAUACACUUUACACAUCAUAUAACCUAUAAAACUUAAAAUCUAAAUCUUUAAAUAAAUAAAACUAAUCUUAAAAUAAAUAAUUAAAUCUAUCCCCCUGCGGCAUGGUGCCGUAGAUGCUGGCAGCAUUUCCUCGUUGUACCGCAAUACUUAUUCUCUGUGCGAGGAAGCUGCCAGCUCUACGAUGACCGGUGGCGUCUGCUAUUUUUUUAGCUAAAUCUUUGAAUAAAGUAGACGCGUUCGGACCCCACGGGCCAAGGGUACCUAUAUUAAGAUAACAAAUAAAUAUUUACAACAAUGAUAAAAUUCAAAAAUGUUUAUUUGAAAACCACAUCAGCGGUGGCAGCAUGGUUCCAUUUUUAUCACUUGUCACUAUGCCCCUCACCUUCGCGCUUACAUAAUUGUUAGAACGUGACAGGCAUGGCGACAAAUGAUAAAGAGCCGACCAUCGUAGCCCUACAGUACAGUCAGCAUCAAUAGUAGCGGAUGAAACAACGCGCCAAAAGUAUCUGAUAUUCCGGAUAACUUUUCCAAAUAUAGAUAAAUCUCUCAAAUUUACGUUCAAAAGUAUGUCAUUUAUAGUCUUAAUUGUUCUACAUAUAGAACUAUCACUUUUUGUUAAGCUGUUACAGAAUGGUAGAUACUUUUGAAACCUAGUUUGAGCCGCUACUUUUGAUGCUGACUGUACAAUCACCACACUAGGCCAGAAAUGAUAUAUUUUAUGUCAACAUUCUUGUGAUUUUAAAAUUACUAAGACCCCGCACGGGGGCUAAGCGUAAAGAGACGCGUAAGCGUAUCGUAAUACGCGCGUAUAACGAGAGCGCUACGAACAAGUUCAAACAAGUCCGGACAAGAAACUUUCUUUACUUACGGUUUUUACGAUACGCUUACGCGACGCUUAGCUUACGCUCCGUGUGGUAAGGGCCUAGCAGUAUUUGCACAGGUGUUACCGUACCCAACAAUAUGGAAAAUGCAGUAAUAAUGUUUAUUAAAACCUAAGUUCAAACAGCUGCGUGAGAAUUUAAAGGUAGGUUCUAAGGGCAAACUGUCACAGACCACUUACCUAAUAUGAAGAUAGACGACGCAUAGUAGCGCGGUUAGCACUCAUUGGCGGUCCAAUACUAAAUGCAUAGACAAAGGAAUAAAGUGCCUACUUUAAAAAUUUCGGUGAAAAUUUAUUUGACUUUAUUGCACAAAUAAAAAAAGUACAAAUGGCGAACUUAAUACCAAAUGGUAUUCUCUACCUGUCAACCAUUAGCUCAAACAGAGACAUUUGUGUAUAUUGGUACGGGAAAAAUUACGUAUUAUGGAUGGCUUUAUCCACGUGAUAAAAUAACUGUUGCUUUCUAACACCGCGGGAUUAAAAGUGACGGGCACCGUUUUAUCACGCUGUCAUGUAGACAAGAACGGCCAUCAUAUCCCUAAUGGUAGGAACUUAGGUAGGUAUUAUUCUUUUGACUUUGCCAAUGCAUUCCAUAUUUUAAGACCAUGACCGCUUAUCUUAGCUUCGAGUACUCGUAAGCGCCCCAGCGGCUGCAGCACGGUCAUAUUUUUAUCAUUUAUCACUAUGUC